AUGAUACCGAAGAGCAAAGUGAAAGUGGUAAACCCAAUUGUGAAAAAAGCGAAAACAACGCUGGACCACUCGAUGGGAUCUCGAAGUUCACUUGGAAAAAUUUCACCGGUCCCAGAAAUGGCCUCGUCAAACACAGAGACGUCUUCGUCAUUGCCGCAAUCAAGUUACCCACCAACCACACUUUUUUAUCAAUACGACACAGACGGAUUCGACGAAUUGACAGUACAACAAAUCAGACUCUUCUUACAAGAAGAAAAGGGGUUAUACCUCACAGACGACUACAUACAGUCAAUGAUAUCAAACGUCCUGAUGCAGACGGAUAAGAUCAAAGUCACUGAUUUCGAAAAAUUGAAUAGCUUCAUUAAUGAAAACGCAAAGACUCUGGCAGAACAGUCCUCACUAUUUAAUACACCGGAAAAUAGACAUGAUUUGUCGUUGUACCCACAACAACACGACUUUGAUCGAAUGGCCAAAACAAUGGGUGACAGAAACUUUGCUCACGAAACUCAAAGCGAACAAGACGUGAUCAACGAAUGCGUGAAUUUGACAACGAAAGAUAAGGUCGACGGGAAAGAUCUAAUUGUGAAGGAUGUUAAUAUCAUCCACCAAGAGAAACCUCACCUCUCAAACGAAACUAUUGAUGACGCGUUGAAAGGAAUUUCAUUCAAAGACCUACCACCUUUCCAGAAAAGUGUACUUAACAUGAUUUUCGGAAAGACCACUGAGAUUCAAAAAAGAAAAAUCGCGUUUGAAAAGGUGGUUCCAGAAGAGUAUGCAGACCCGCUGUUACAAUGUGGCGAAGAUAACACAACAGAAGAUACCCCAAAUAUCAACAUUUUGAGAGACGACGCUGCUAAACAAACAAGCACGAGACAGAUAUACAGAAACCUUUUCGACCAGUAUGAUCAGACGUUUGACCCAAUCGAUGAUAGAGAAGUUCUCUGCGGUAAACGAGAAAUAUCAUUGAUUAAUCCUCAUGAAUUCCAAUGCGAUGUUUGGAUGUUUGAAAUACCACAAUUAAAGUCUGGAAAAGAUUGCCCAAAUGAUAAAAUCCAUGGGGUGUUCUCGCUCUACGAUAUCACAAUGGACAGAAAGUUGAUCGAAAACUUUUAUGUUGACUUUCCAAUAGACAAAAGAAAUUCAACAAAGGAUUCUGUUUGCAUGUGCGUCAAUUGGAUGGAUCGAGUGUUCAAGCGUGGGGAACACAAGAUAAAGGCCGUUUUGAUGCUUUAUAAAUCUGCUGAGAUUGACGUAUAUUCUGCAAGAGACGCGUACCUGAAAGACGACAAAAAGAAGAAGUCUCAAGGAGACAAAGAUAAUUCGAAGAAGACCACAAACUACAAACAAUUUUUGGGAAUCGGUGUUUGUGACGUUGGAGAGAUCAUGACCGGAACUGAAACGACGUACUCAACAAAAGAUCUUCCGAUAUACCGAGAAGAUAUAGACAAGAAAAGCGAUUUGGAUGCUUUUCUAAAGAGCGAGCCAAAAUCGAAAAUUAUGAAUUUAACUUGGGGAUUCUCAUUGAAGAAAAUCAUCAAAAAGGAGGAUAGAGAAAGUUUCAUCAACGGUGAUAAUUCCAAGAAGCAGUUCAUUCAAAGUGAUUAUACACUGAAAGAUCCAUCCGGUUACGUUGUAAGAAAUUCUCCACCGAACGCAAAGGUGAUCCGUAUGAUGGAGUCUUUCAUGUCGAUUGAAAAUUACAAAAACUUUUUCCUGGACUUCACCAACAACGUGUAUAUAUCGCCAAGAGAGCUGAAUCUCGUUUCGUUAUCACCAAAAGAUCGCAAGAAGACAAAGUUCUUAAUAACGUGUUACUUCAGAUGUUCAGACAGAGAGCUGAACCCAUCAAGUUGCAUGGAAGUGUUUUACUCGAAGACUCAUGAAGAUAAAUUUGUGUCAAGUGUUACCACAACAGUUUCCAUUGGAAACAAGGUUGAUUACUAUCUCGACGAAUUCAAAGUGAAGUUGCCAGUCAACUUGAAUGAUCAGCACCACUUCUUCUUUUUAAUCGAGGACGUCACGUUUCCAGACGAACAAAAGAGAGACACGGCAAAGUAUUUUGCUUACAGACCCAUUUUUGAAGGAGGAAAGCUUAUUGACAACAUGGAACAUCCACUCAAAGUGUACACCGAGAAUGGUAUCACCGGCUACAUGACUUCCACUGACAAACAAGAGGAUUGUGUUGGAGAAAAGAAGUCAACACUAAAGGUGAACAUCGACAUUCAAAGCUCAAUAUUUGCUCAAAACAAAACUUUAUUCGAACUUUUGGAAAAAGUGUCAACUGACUACUCAGUCGAAGACAUCGAACCGCUUCUUAAUAACUUGAAAACAGUCACAGUUGUUCAAAUCGUUCACUUUUUCCCAGUGAUCAUGCAAAAUCUGUUCUGUUUGUUUUCAGAAAAGAAGAAAAUUGAAACCACACAAACACCACCAUUGGAGAAGAAAGAAGAACCAAAAAAAGAAGCAACUUCAAGCGGUAGACUUGAUGAUAAACCAGAAGUGUUGAAUACCCCAAGAAAUUUCGAGUCUCCCACCAAGAAAACGAGAAUGAGCAAAAGCGAGGUUCACAACACCGACAUUGUCUUCAUCUCGAUUUUGAAGGUGUUGUCAGCCAUGACAAGAGAGGAGAAGGUAAAGGUUGAUGGGUCACAAGUCAGACAAAGAAACCACAUUUUGGCAUCAUACGUUGAUUAUUACUACACAAAUGGUGAGGACAACGAAGAAAAAUCGGAUAAUAUCCCAGUGUUCCAAAAAUUGGUUUCUUCGAUGUUGUUCUAUUUCGAAAAACUGAUGGGACUUUCUCAAGUUAUUCCUUCAAACACAGUUGCAGUAGCGUCGGAACAAGAUGACCAAAGAAUCGCGCUUGCACCUGUUGCCAUUGAAUACUGUUGGUUCUUCUUGGAUAUCAUCAUAAAAUCGUUAACAUUGUACCUUGACAAAAUGUCCAUCUUCGAUUCGUCAAACAGAAUCGAAAAGUUGAGACAACUUGGAGAAGAUGCCAUAUUUUCAAAAUUCAACAACAACGUCAUUAAACUGUCUUCUGUAUUAGCACGUGUUGUCAGAAUUAGACUGAGUAAAAAUGUACCAGAAACUGAUGGACUCUUCUACUUGAACGCAGACUUUGCAUUGUUUGUAAACGAUCUUGUGAGAGUGUACACCCCAUCAAUCGGGUUUUCUGUUAUGUCGACUUAUGUCACGAUUUUGUCAAGAUUAUUGGAUUUGCAAACUAAGACGUACUUUAUCCCGUUUGUAUCCCCACCAAUGCAACCACCACUUAAUGACUCCACGUUGUUCAAACCAGGAAAGGAUAUGGUGAACAUGUGUUGGCAAGCCAUUCAGUUGCUUCGUAUUGACUUUUUGAAUGUGCUGUCUUCGUACCAAUACUUUUAUGAAUUGAACAUUCCUCUGCUUAUCAAAAGUGAUACAAUACAGAGUGUUGGAGAAUUGAGGUCAAUACUAAAUGAACGCCACUUUUUUGCGAAUGCAAUCGAAAAUUCGUUGAUGGACAUGAUGUCCCGAAAUGAUAAUGUUUCGAAGUACGCAUUGUUUGUAUUUUUGAAACGAGUAAUAAUGUGUGAUGUUGACAAACGUUUUGCCAAAAAGAAGGAACAAAUCGCUCAAUUUUUCUUGCCGUUCUUACUUGAUUUCAUUGACAAUUUUGACAGACUCAGCUCUGUGUGGGGUGUUGACUCAAAACAGUUUGAGACACAGGAUUUCUAUUUGUGCGCAAUCUGGGUAUUAAAGAAUGUGAAUAUGCAAUUGUUGCAAAAAUAUGUUUCUUGCGAAGUCACUUCAAAGGUGUUGAACUUUAUUCGUCUUCUCUCAAGCGCCAAAGAUAUUUUAAGUAAAUUGCCAACGAAAAUAUCUGAAGAUGAUCGUGCCAAUUACAGACGAGUCGGGAAGAAGUGUUUGACAACACGAAAUGUGUUGACAGUUGAGUAUAUGGAUAAAUUCAAAGUGAGUGACAAUGAGAAGGCACGUCUGCAGAUGAUGGUUGUUGAACCCUUGGUGAAGAACGAGGAAAAAACGGGCGAAAAGAUGCCACGACAACCAGUGAAGUAUGAGAAAGGCAUUCAAGAAACUUUGAUGUUCGGACCAUCGCCAGGACUUGGUAAUGGAACGAUGUUUGUUAAACGAACCGCUAAACUGGAGAAGAUGCUUGGAUUUAGUAAAACGGUUGCGGAGUAUAUUCAAAGAAAUCCAAUUCAGGACAACGUAAUAUACGACGAUGUGCUGCUUGUUAUUUUGGAUGUUGUAGACUGUUUGUUUGAUUGUCUCUUUGUGAAUAAAGAUGUUGAUGAAAUGAAAGAAAUUUGCGACUUCAUUAGCAACAAGUUGUUUGUAGCAAAUCCACCAGCCCAGUACAUCAAACGAUUCUUCCAGUUCAUCAGAAAGACGGUGAGAACGAAAGGAGAAUAUCUGUUCAAAACAAACUUGGAUUUUACAUACAAUUUGUUGAGGGGAAUAAUUUCUUACUGUAAUGUGAACGACAUCGAUAUUAGAACUGACGCCACAUCCGUGUUGUAUCUCUUCGUCAAGACAAAUCACGAGAUUUUGAAAAACACAGAAUGUAUGAAGAUUCAAGUUGUUGCCGCGCUUGCUUCUAUGGAUAGUGUAAAAGACGCCGCACUAAACGGUGACCGAGUGGAGAAGAUGGACAAAUUUAAACGUGCUUUAAACACUUUAGAACAGUGGGCGAAACUUGACUUUUCGCAAGAGAGGUUCUUUGGAAAGCAGGAAGAACUGACACGAGGGAAAGACAGCAGUAAUGACAUUGUUGAUGCGAACGCUUAUGAGACAUACAGAGCCAAUGUUUUUAACAGACGAAUGGACUUGAUGAAAAACGUUGAAAGCGAUGAAAGUGGUGGUGACAGAAAGUGGAUUACCAAAGACCGUGUUAUCAAGCAACUUUUGAAUUUGUGGAAAUCUGAUGAGGUGGCUGCAAUCACUAAAUUUGGAGAAGACUUGUUGAAAACGUUUGAACCGAAAGUGAAAACAGAGCAAAGUAUUGAAACUUUGAAAAUUAACACGUUGCACUUUUUGGGUGAUGUUUUGGAGAAAGUGAGAAAUUGUGUUGGGUUCAGUGGAGAGCACUCGAUUCCUAAUGAAAAAUACAAGACUUUAGCGCUUGGAAAGACAAAAGAAGUUGAUGCCAAAUUGGAAGAGUAUAGAAAGAUGAUCGAAGAAUUCAAAAAGGUUGAGGCGGAUAUUAUAAUUCCGGUUGAGGAAUUGGAGGAAACAGUGAAUCUCACAAAAGAACUUUUGGGACUCCGUUCAAUCAUCGAAGACGCCGAGAAAAACGAGAAACAGAAACGAGAAAAUAUGAAGAAAGAGUUUGACGAUGAAUUGAAGAAAACAUCGGACGCAUUGGUGAAAACAUUUAACGACACCUGUCAGUCGAUGAAAUUGAAAGACGGUAAUGAUUUACAAUCCCUUGCUGGACCACAAAUGCAGUUGUCCCAAACAAUUACCAAACUAAAUAUACUGACUGAAGAAGCCAAAAAGGCUCACGAACGCUUUAUCAAGAAAGAAGCAGAGGUUAUGGCAGUUUCUCCGUGGAGUGUUGUAUUUAAAAAUUGGAACAACGUCUUGCCAAUGGGAGUGAAGAUAUUAGAAAGCGUGACGAUGUUACAAAAUCAGUUGAAUGACUAUGAAAAGAAUAUGCUGAGCGAGUCUGAGCAGAUGGACAAUGAACUUUCGGCGAGUGAAGAGUUGGUGAAAUACUAUGCAUGGGAAAUUGGAGUGAAAGACGUUGUCGAAUUUGUUUCUGGUUCAAGCAACACCGAACCGAUUUUGCUCGCUGCUGGAAAAUUGAGUCAACGAUUUAAAAGUGUUCAAGCGAGUUAUGAUAUUGUCCAAAAAUUAUACAAAAAGGAUACCAACCAAGGGAAGUCGUUCAAAAUGUUCACCAAAUUUGUUGGGAGCUUGACGCCACCAAUACAACUCAAGAACGACUUGAUGGCCCAUUUCAGAACACUUAAUAAAGACAGUCAGAAAGAAAAAGCGAAUGAAGAGCAAAGAAAAGAAUAUGCUCAAUGUUUCUCGAUCGCUGUUCAGUUAUUGGAGUUUCAGACAGAUGAGCCGGGACAACAAUUUGUUGACCUUUCGAAACAAAUCAAAUCAAUUGAAUCGCUCAAAAUACCGAACUUUGAUAAAUACGUCAAAAAAGAAGACAUUGAGAAGCUCAAGAAAUUUGUCGAAACGAACAUGAAGUUCAAUAUCAUUCUUCCAAGUGAGAAUAAAAUCGAAAAGGAGAAACCAGCGGCUGACAACAAUAAUGAAGACAGCGUGUCGAAGAGAGAGUCGUUCAUGAAGUAUUUGGGGCUCCUCAAAAACCACAUCGAAGAGUUCUUGAAGGACUUGUCUGACUUGACUCAGUUGAAGGAAUCAAACGGCUCCGCCCUUGACUUGAUUUUGGAAAGGAAAUUGCAAAUUGCCAACAAAUACGUAGACUGUCCACAGAUUUUCAUUCCGUGGUACCAGAUGAUUGCAGAUCAACAAAACUCGAGAAACUUUUUUGCAGAGGCAGCAGUUGGCAAGGUGUACAUUGCAAUGUUUAUUUAUAAUGCAAUCAAAGACAGUAUCCACCCGCUCAACAUCGAUUUACUAAAAACGAUAACAAGAGAUAACGUGGAAUACGACCAACCUUCGUUCCAAAGCGGUGCGACAUCACUUAACCCAGAGACUUUAGUUGAGACCAUCAAGAGUGGUGCAGAUUUGUUUGGGUCAGCUCACAUGAACACUUUUUCGAUUUCACUCUACAACUUCAUCAUCCCGUAUUUUAUCAGCAACAAAAAUUACUCCGCGUUGUCGUCUGCACAUGAAAGGGUCAAUCAAUUAUAUUCUGUUAUUUCCGAUGUUCCUGUGUUCUUCUUCUAUCAGGUCGGGUUUUAUGGCAGAGACUUUUUCGGAAAGGACCACCAACAGAAGUACAUUUACUUGUCGCCGUUCAGAGUGAAGGAGUUUUCAUCCCAGAUUUGUCAGAUGCACAAAAAGAAGAUUAAUGGAAUCGAUGUUGCCCCGGAUUACAAACAAGAAAUGGAAAACGACGAUCCUACGUCUCCGUAUGUGGCCAUUGAAAGUGUCAACACAUUCUCGAAUGGAAGAGGCCAGCAGAAGUUGGGAGUUAAUUUUCAAGGGUCGAACACAUUUGUCUUUGAAAAGCCCGUAUUUGACCAGAAGACAAAGGGGUACGAAGGGAUGAGUAAGUUGAUUACAAUCUACAAGACGGAACACUUCAUGCCAUCCGUGCUUGAACGAGAGAAAAUCAUUGACGUUCAAAGAAAGACAAAAACACCGAUUGAGUGUGUCAUUGAUGAUGUUGAAAACCGGCUCGAGGCACUUAACAAGUCAAUUGAAGAGUUCAAAAACAAGACAAUUAGUAUAGUCAGUUUCCAGCCCGCGUUGAAGGGUAUUUUGGUGGCUGAUGUCAACGGUGGGUUUGAGGUUAUAUGCUCGACGUUCUUGAAAUACCCGAACAUCGAGAAGUACGACAUUGAGCACGUGAACAACUUGAAUACAAUUUUGCAACGAAUGAUGUUUUUGUGCAAGACUGGUUUGACGCUGCAUAAGAGUAAUAUGAAACAAGAACAAGCCGGUAUGCAAUCUAUUUUUGACAGAGGGUUUUUGGCCACAUCAAAGGUGAUCCGAGACGUGAAAGGUGACAUCAUUGAAUACGCAAAGAAAUGUCAACGUGACGAUAUUCUCGAACAACUCAACUAA